CACCGAAUCCGGUUUUAAGCGCAGGAGAGGGCGGCCCCGGCGGCUCGUGCUUGUCUGCUCAAGGCUGAAAGUUUCACUGACAGUUUCACAUUAAUGGCUGACGCGCUUUAAAGACUUUUGGAAAAGAUAAAGGGAAACUUACCAUCGUAUUCUAAUCCGGACCUUGUGCUGUUUUCUUAAGUACAGAGUGAUUCCCUAACUCUUCGUGAAAGUACUCCUUAGUAUAGAAGGAAUCGCUCCCUUCUGCGUUAUUCCUGAGAUUUUUUCCCCCUUUUUUUACCUAAAUGCGUUUUCGAUUUUUAAAUUAGUGUAGCUGAAUCAAAGCAGCCUGACACAUCGGCGAUGCAACCCUCCCGCUUAGAGAAAGCCUUAAUCGGGCUUUAUCUUUGGAGCAUUGUCUGAUAAUUGGAAGUCAGAGAGAUACAUAAAGUAAGAAAUAGAACGAUAAAAGUCGCUCAGACCAGUCUUUUGGGGGUGUUUGUGCGAACGUCUGUCUCUGACAUCCAGGUGUCCCGCCGGGUGGUGCGGAGUCUCUAUCUCAGGCCGGCAGUGCUGUCAUGCUGCCCAAAGUCGAGACUGAAUCCCUGGGACUCUCUCGAUCGUAUGGCGAACAGGGGCACAUGCCAAGGAACAUGCAGGCCCCUCAGUUAAAAAUGAUGGACUACUCAUAUGACGAAGACCUGGACGAGAUGUGUCCCGUGUGCGGAGACAAGGUUUCAGGGUAUCAUUACGGACUUCUGACCUGCGAAAGCUGCAAGGGCUUCUUCAAGCGCACCGUCCAGAACAACAAGCGUUACACAUGUAUAGAGAACCAGAGCUGCCAGAUUGACAAGACCCAGAGAAAGCGCUGCCCAUACUGCCGCUUCCAAAAGUGCCUCACUGUUGGCAUGAAGCUAGAAGCUGUGCGGGCGGAUCGCAUGCGUGGCGGUCGCAACAAGUUCGGCCCAAUGUACAAACGUGACCGGGCCCUCAAGCAGCAAAAGAAGGCGCUGAUUCGAGCUAACGGCCUGAAGAUUGAGGCCAUGAGCCAAGUGAUGCAGGCCGUACCCACUGACCUCACUAUCUCGUCAGCCAUCCAGAACAUCCACUCUGCAGCCUCCAAGGGCCUUCCACUGAGCCACCAUGCUGGCCACCACACCAGUCACCACCACCACCACCACCACCACCAUCAUGGCACAGCCCUUCCCCCCACAGACUACGACCGUAGCCCAUUUGUCACUUCACCGGUCAGCAUGGCAAUGCCCCCACAUGCCGGCAGCCUGCAGGGCUACCAGGCAGCCUACGGACACUUCCAGGGCACACGCACCAUCAAGUCCGAGUACCCAGACCCAUACACCAGCUCACCAGAAUCUAUCAUGGGCUAUGCCUACGUUGACGCCUACCAGUCAGGCUCACCACCCAGCUUCCCACACCUGAUUGUAGAGUUGCUAAAGUGUGAGCCAGAUGAGCCGCAGGUUCAGGCCAAGAUCCUGGCCUAUCUACAGCAGGAGCAAGCAAGCCGGGGCAAACACGAGAAGCUCAGCACCUUUGGCCUGAUGUGCAAGAUGGCCGACCAAACACUCUUCUCCAUUGUGGAGUGGGCACGCAGCAGCAUUUUCUUCCGAGAACUCAAGGUGGAUGACCAGAUGAAGCUGCUGCAGAACUGUUGGAGUGAACUCCUCAUUCUUGACCACGUUUUCCGACAGGUGAUGCAUGCCAAGGAGGGCUCCAUCCUACUAGUCACUGGCCAGCAGGUGGAUUAUGCAGUGAUUGCCUCACAGGCAGGAGCCACACUCAACAAUCUGUUGAGCCAUGCCCAGGAGCUGGUGGCCAAACUACGCUCUCUGCAGCUGGACCAACGAGAGUUUGUGUGCCUGAAGUUCCUGGUCCUUUUCAGCCUGGAUGUGAAAAACCUGGAGAAUUUUCACCUGGUAGAGAGCGUCCAGGAGCAGGUCAAUGCAGCACUGCUGGACUACGUCAUGUGUAACUACCCGCAGCAAACGGACAAGUUUGGCCAGCUGCUCCUCCGGCUACCCGAGAUACGAGCGAUCAGCCUGCAGGCCGAAGAAUACCUUUACUACAAACACCUGAAUGGCGACGUGCCCUGCAACAACCUGCUCAUUGAAAUGCUGCACGCCAAAAGAGCUUAGGAGGGGACUUUCCUGCCCGUAGUGCAGCUGUGCAGUUUUGCUGCAGUCCAGAAACUCCAAAUAAUGCUUUCACCAAAACCAGACCUCCAGCUCACACUUGACUAUGUGGUGACCUAGAGGAUGGGGAGCAGAGUUUAUAUCAAGCUCAUUUUUUUUUUUUUGUUCAAGUUACAACUUGAUGUGGACAAACACAUGCACAGAGACUCAUAAGGUGCACAGACAGACAGCAUUCGGAUCCCUUUAUUGUAGGAAAAAAAAAAAACAAUGAAAAACUCAAAAAGAAGAGUCGCUUUUCCUCAACCACACACAGAAAGAGACAAUACUUAAAGGAAGAAAGAAAAACACUUGAAGCAGAAUCUGCAUUUACAAGAUGAUUUCUGAUCAUCUGCACAAGCAAGACUAUCAGACUGUCAGGCUGCAACUUUAAGAAUUAAGAGCCCACAAAUGUUUUAGUGCUGGUAAUGCCACAGAGAGGCUUUCUGCGCUGACAAAAAGGAAGCUGAAUAACACUGCCCCAUCUUUAAAAGAGCUUUGUGACUACAGCAGUGGCUUAUUUUGGUCAAUGAUUCUCUUGUGUGCUCUCUCAAUAAAAAGUAGCUUUUAGUUGCUAUUGGUACUGUAAAGGCAAAAUGUCAAGCAGUCAAUCAGGCAAGAGACUUUUAGCUACCAUCAUGUCUGUUUUUUUUUUUUGCUUUUUUACUCACAAAAAAAAAAUGCCUGCCAUGGCAGCUUGGCCUAACUGAAAAGGGAGAACUGAAAGCUGAAAAAUAAAAGUCUGAAGCAGGAACAUUUGUUAAUGAACAAAAUGCUAAAUGGGUGAAUAAGAAAAAGACGUCUUUUUUUUUCUCUUGUAAUGGAAGUCAUUUGCUCCUCAUGGUCGCCUUGCAGUUCUCCUUUCUUAUGUCAUCUCCCCAAGUUAUCUUAGACUAUGUACCUCAGAACGACCAGUGUUAAAUAAAUUCAAUUAAUAAUGUCAGCUUAAAUAAUUGUAUUUAUAGACCCGUUUCCCACAACAAAAACUCCCUUUUUAACAUUUCACUCAAACUGGAACAAAACAAAGUGCGUUUUCUGGAGACGGAGAAGGAUCAAUCCUGCCUUUGUCUGAAAAGACCAAAGCCUGUUGCAGAACAGAUGAAGGAAAUGACAAAUACCUUAAUAAUCAGUAUUAUAAGAGAAAAAAAAACAUUGUGAUGUCACAGUUAUGUGAGUCUUGCCUUAUUUCAUUACCAUGCUAGCUAACCGUGCAGAUGUGAAUGAAAAUAUGUACAAAUAUAUAAAUAUAUAUAUAUAUAUAUAUAUAAAGUAUUAAUGUUGUAAAAAAAAUUUAAAAGAAUAAUUCAGCAGUUGUUUACAUUCAUGUGGUCAAAUGGGAGAGAACUGUGAUGAAGCCUAAAUUGCAAAGCAAUGAUUUCCUAAAAAAAAAAAAAAAAAUGAAAUUAAUGAAAAAAAAAAAAG